UAAAUCAUCCUUAAGUGAUGAGCGUGACAUUGUUAUUUUGGUCUGGGUCACGGAGUUAGUUGGAAGCGGGAGGAAUGAGAGUUUCUCAACUACAGCAGCACUUCUCACCAUAGAUGGCUGGCGUGUUUCACAGCGUUUGGGAUUUACUAAAUCGACUAAAUCUCUAGAUCUACUGAAGCUACGAGGAUAUACAUCACCAGGAUUCUAAUUUACUGGUCCUUUACAGGGUGAUGGCAAGACCAAGCCACAGUGAGCAUGUCCUCCAGCAGCUCAACAACCAACGCGAAUGGGGCUUCCUGUGCGAUUGCUGCAUCGCCAUCGGUGACAUUUACUUCAGGGCCCACAAGGCCGUCCUGGCAGCCUGCAGCUCCUACUUCAGGAUGAUGUUCAUCCGAGACCAGCAGGGCACGGCGCGCCUUGAUCUCAGCAACAUGCAGAUCAGCGCCGAGUGCUUCGACCUCAUCCUGCAGCUCAUGUACCUCGGGCGCAUCGUCGUGGGACAUUACGAGUUCGAAGAACUGAAGUCGUCUAUGGCUUACCUGCAGAUGUACUACAUCCCCGACUCGCUGGAGGAUCUCCGAGACAUCCGUGCGUCUAAUCUUACUCCUUCUUCCUCCUCUUCUUCGUCAUCAUCCAGUUCCUCGUCUUCGUCCGGUGUGGUAGGAGGGAAGAUGAUGUUCGGCGUUCGCAUGUUUGAGCAGCAGAGGCCGAGUCCUGCUAAAAGUGACCAUGUGCCGAAGAUUUCAAACCCGGCGACUCAGCAAAACGUUAAUAUAUCUACUGUAAGGCCCGUCGAGGACGUGGUUCUUCCGCUUCCUCCAGUGCACUCUGAGAAUCUUGUCGAGCAACCGUGCGAUCUGAGAAAGAGAACCUCGGGCCGAAGCGCCACCUUGAAAGAGCGUCCCCGGUUUGGUCGCACGUACACGUGCGACGACUGCGGGUUCGUUUUCAGCUGUGAGAAGCUUCUCAUCGAACACAUCCUCACAUGCACCAACCGCAAGGCGUUCCAAACCCCGAGAGCCGGCAAAGCGGCAGACAGCGACUCCAGCAAAGGCGAGAGCUCGGCGUCCGAAGGAAACGGAGACCAGAGAGCAGUCUGUAAAGGGGAAGAAGACUGGCCUGACCACAAGUCUGACACCGAAACGGUCAUCAGAUCCAUCGCCACUGGGAUGGACAACGAAUCGGCGUCCAACAUCAAGAUCAAAGUGGAGCAGGAAGAAGACUCGGAUACUGAGAUGGAAAACAUAAAAGUUGUCCAAGUCAGCAACCACAGCGUGGGGAGCUGCAAAAUACGCCGAAGAACAUUCAGAACCAAUGUCGGAGAUAACGUCCGAUUCGACAGCGAAGAAGAAGGAGCAGGAGUUUCUGUCGUAGACGAUGGUGCUCUGGAGGGCCACAGUAAGGGUCCGGAAGCGAACGUUUGCCAGAUUAAAGAGGAAAAGCAGGAUGGAGAGUGCACUCCAUGUGAGCUGUGUGGCGCUUUGCUAACCGAGGAGGAUCAAUCUGCUCAUUACAUCUCCAACCACAUGGGACACAUAUGUGCCUGUGGAAGGUGUGGUCAGGUUCUGAUUAAAGGCAGGCAGCUCCAGGAGCAUGCCGAGCGCUGCGGUGAACCCCAUUGCGCCGAAACGGAUUCCCCAGGUGAAGAGAGCCCUUUACCGGAAGACACCCAGGCCAUGGAGGAAGGCUUGAUCGAAGGUGCAGACUUGGGCUUCCGUUGUCCUCUUUGUGGCUUGAUCUUCGAGACGGAAAGCCUGGCGGUGGAGCACACUCUGGCCUGUCCUGAGCAGGACUCCUUCCGUCCUGCCACCAUGGAAGACGAACCGGACCACCGGCGCAAGCACUUCUGCGCCAUUUGCGGCAAAGGGUUCUACCAGCGGUGCCACUUGCGUGAGCACUACACCGUGCACACCAAGGAGAAACAGUUCACCUGCCAGACCUGCGGGAAGCGGUUUCUACGCGAGCGCCAGCUUCGGCUGCACACCGACAUGCACAAGGGGAUGGCGCGCUACGUGUGCCCCGUGUGCGAACAAGGCACCUUCCUGAAGCACGACCACGUGCGCCACAUGAUCUCCCACCUGUCAGCCGGAGAGACCAUCUGCCAGGUGUGCUUCCAGAUCUUUCCCAGUACCGAGCACUUGGAGAAGCACAUGGACGUUCACCUGUACAUCUGCGGCGUGUGCGGCGAGAAGUUUCGCCUUCGCAAAGACAUGCGAAGCCACUACAACCUAAAGCACACCAAGAGGCAGUAAACGGGGAUCAUAUGAUUUUGUUGGGUUUUUUUUUCCCUUUUUAAAUAAGCCAUUUUUUGCGAUAAAUGUGAGAAAUCUAUGCACUUAGACACCAAAUAAUCUAUGAAACUGCACUUUUAAUUGUAUGCAUAAUCCAGGUGUUGUUGGAUUCAGUGCCUCGAGCGUUAGGCACACUUUUUUUUUUUGAUAAAUCUCAUUUCAUUUUACUCUACGUGUAAAGUUUAAGUGUAACACCAGUUUCAAACAGAAAUGUCCUUCUAUUUUAGUCCAGAUUAACUGGUCCAUUAUUAUUAUUAUUUUUUUUUUUAUUAUGAUUUUUUUUAAAUCAAUUCUCCUGCUUAUCUUACAGAAGUUAAGCAUGAAGCUGGAUUUACACUGUACGAUUUUUGGCCAGAUUUUUAGCUGUUGCAUACAUUGUUUUAAAAAAUUUGAGGAUAAUUGAGGAUUUCAUGCUAUUUAUAACCAAACCAGGGCUCGACGUUAAAGCUCGACGGCCUUUCGAUUUCAUAAAAUCGGUGAAAUUUAGUUCGCUCUGAAAUGUGGUCAGUGUGAUUAUUUCUGUAACGUCUCGCAAAAUAUCAGGCCGUUCUGUUCUGUGGCUGGGAAGUUAUUUAAUUUGAUGGGAUUAAAGCAAAUUGUGCAUGAAAUCACUCGCUUUGCGCAGUUGAGCAGACAGAGAAAGUCCGUGUGUGUGCGCAUGCACAGGUUUCCCUUUGAGCGUGCACUGACAGUUCCAUCAUUCUGUCGCUAAACGAACAGCUGAUCACACCGAGGUGCUCGCUGAGCGCCCAUAUUUAUUAGUUUGGUUCUGAGUUUCCUUUCCUUUGUAUAGAACAUAACGUCUUUUUUCUUCUUGCUUUCUUUGUUACUGUAGUCGGUCUUUCACGUUUCAUUCGCAUCUUCCAUUUUUCUCUUCUGUUUCAAAUUUGUAUCCCACAAUGCCUUGCGCGAACAGGGAAAGCCCAUCAUGUAAUGCAUGACGUAGUAUCUUGUACUGGGUCAUGGUGAAGCAGGAAAAAAUAGUGGAGAAUUUAGGGCCACGUGGAGAUAAAUUCAUUAAUUGUUCUAUUUUUAAAAUAACUAAUAAAAUUGGAAGUCUGUGAUUCGAAUUCAGUAGCUUUCGGUCACUAAACAAUAUAAUUGGGUGUCGGGAAAAUUCUUUUUAUGACCUUUAGGACUUGAAAAAUCUGAAAGGCAGUCUACCUUUUAAUGGUAGUCCGACUGUCCGGGACAACAAAAUGUUUGGUCAAAUCUGCAUCCGACGGGACAAGUUGAAUAUUUGGUGGAAAUCAUAAUUUUUGUAGUAAGAGUUACCAGGGCUGGACAUUAACGCUUGUCAAGUAGUGGUUUGAUCCAGACAAGUCAAAUCUUCAUCUGCUUGUCUGACGGGACAAGGUGAAUUAUUCCCAACUCUCUUUUGGCUAAUCAGACACAAGGUAUGGCGCCACACUUGCUGGAGCUGUUGGGGGUUGGGCACCUUGCUCAAGAGCACUUCAGCCAGUCCUGCUGGUCCAGGGACUUGAACUAGUGACCUUUUGGUCCCAAAGCUGUUUCUCUAACCAUUAGGCCAUGGCUUCCCCCAAUAUGGCGCUCUGACGCCCGCAAAUUAGAUACAAUAUCCCGGAAUCUAGAGCGCGCGCGAAAGAGAGAGCAUCCUGAUCGUGCUGUAUUGUUAAGUAGACCGAUCAGUGUUGUGUGGGCGGGUUUUACAUCUUCUCUCCCGGACCGAGAGUCCAUCAGUUCAGUGUAUCCAGGAGCGUCAUGGCCGAGUGCCAUGCCAGUGCACGCUGUCCUGUUUGUAACCGUGACUUUAGCGUUGUCCAUGGCGCGGUAAACGAUUGUAUGACAUGUUGAGGCGAGUUUCACAGGGUCAUGUGUUCAUGCGCAGGUUAUUUAUACUCGCUGGCUCACCGCUAAGGCUACAGGAUAAGGACAAACUCCGUGAAGAUUUGCUUGAAGUUGCAAUAAUACAGGUAUAGACCCCUUUCACAUGACGUCACCACACCGUGAGAUUUUGUUAGGCGCCAUAUUGGAAGACCAAGUACAUGCACUCACAAUAUAAAACAAACUACGAGUGAGAGUAAAGUGACACGAUGGAUGAUAAUUCUGGUUAUGUGAGUACAUUACCAGCUGCAGAAAGGGCACGGUAUGUGGAGAAACUGGCUGUGAUUGAUGGGUUUGACCCAUAUGAUAAGACUCGGGGCAAGGGAGAAUGGAAACAUAAGUAGGACCGGACACCAAUUCUGCCAUCUGUUUGCUACCCAGACAUUGUAAACUAUUUGUUGUUUACACCCAGUGCCUACACUCAGUGUUCGAACUAUGCCGAUAUUUUCGGGGGGGAGUGCUUGCGCUUGUCUCGGAGCGCGGAUCUCCAAACACAUGAGAAGCCUAUCUUGCGCACAUAUCACGCGGACUCCACACACGCAUCGCGUCUGAAGUCAUAACUCAUCAGGGGAAAUCGUGUCCGCAUUGGCGUGUUCAAAAAACAACCUCGCGUCAACAAUGAUACCACACGCAAGAAAAAAAAAAGUCAGGCUACUCAACAACCAACCUGGCAGCAGCGAGCAAGCCCCAAACCAUCCUAAAUUAUUAUUAUUAUUAAAUUGUAGAAGUCUGGGAGGCUUGCUCCUCAUACAGUUAUCAACUUGGGGCCACUUUAGCAUGUUUUAAAUCUGAAUUUCUUGCGUUUGUUUACCUCAAAGUGUCCGCAGAUCAUGCACAGACUUAUCCAUUAUAUCCACAGUUUUUUGCCAAGUCUCACACAGGUUUCUUUCAAGUCUACUGUUGGGCCAAUAAAUCAUAAAUAAAACAGCUCAGAUUUGUUUGUUUAAGUCGUUUGCCACUCCACUUUAUUCUCGUGGGUUCACAUACCGCUGCCGUUAUUAUCCCUUUAUCACGAGUUUGUUGGUCUUCCAAAAUGGCGCAGGGUCUGUUUACUUCCGGUUUCGGGUGACGUCAGUGAAAGGGGUCUAUAGGAGUUAAAUAAUAGUAAGCAGUUUACAUGAACAGUUAUAAGUCGUCUACGUAUUGUACUGUGACGUUUUCUGCAUGUAGGCCGACCUCGUGGUUUACAGACGAGAGCAAAUUACUCAGAGUAUUCCAUAUAACCGCCCCAGACAAUCUAUAGCGAUCACUCCAUCUGUCUGUCUGGAAACGUUUUAGUUUUCUUCACAAAACCUGACAGUUACUGUAUGUUAAGUGACUAGAGCAGUUGUGCCUUUUGACGUUUUUGGAUUUCUGUGAUAUAUAUAUUUUUUAUUUUUUUAUACCCCCCCCCCGUAUUUCCAUGGCAACCAAUUCAACUUAGGGAAAAUUUUGGAGUGGGGGCCCGGGGGAUACACCAUCUCCUGAUGACUCUUGUUGUUCUAGUAAUUAUUCAAGAGUUACAUCAAUAAAGUUCCAACACAACUUGUUCACUGAUCCGCCGUGUUGUUGUUUACGAAAUUCUGGAGAACCCGAGUACAGUGUGUGUGUGUGUGCGCAAAAAUAACCACGUCAUAAUAUCUAAUUAUAGAUUAUUACAGUAGACGUCAUCGAAAUCAGAGAAACUGCAAUCAAACACCUCAAUAAAAUAAAUAUCUGUACGUGGUGAACAUAUUUCAUUUCAUUCAGACUUUUUACUGUAUUUUUUCUUUUGCGUGGUUCAUAUUAAAACUUAACCAUCGUAAAAUAUUCCGCGGGAACUUUACGACAGUGCCGAGCUUGCGGUUCAUUUUCGUUCCCAACGAGAUUUCUUUUAAUGAAAUUAAUUUAUACUUCAGGUUUUACUGGAUUAAUCAGGAUUUAACUUUAUCAUAACUAUAUCUGCUUUUUUUGAUCAACUUGAUUUAAUCAUUUUUCCUUUCAUCGAGCGAGUAAAUACACAGGAAUAGAAAGAUUACUACUGUCAGGACGAGUGGAUUAAAGAGUUAACGUCGAGCCCUGUGUAAGGACGACCAACAACGUUCUGCGAGGUUGUGUUUUUUUUUUUUUUUUUAUAAAUUAAAAUCUCGAUCGCUGCUUUGACAUUCAUCUAAAAUCCACCGAUCAGAGGACGGUGUAGGGCGACGCCCAUGUAGACGGAUACCCUCACCUUUGUUCAUACUUCACACAGCUCACUUAUUCAUGUUGGUGCAAGUCUGUUUCCUGCACGAGUGACUCUCCGAAUCAUGCUGGCUGACUGACUUGAGGAAAACGUGACGAUGUUCUUUAAUGGUGUGUCGAGAACACACUUGGUCUCUUAAACAAUUCGGAGAAGGGAUCUCGUACAUCAGGACCCUUUUUUUCUGAUCUUAUUCCGCUCCUGAAAUCGUACAGAAUCAAACCAGCUUCAGCAGGAACCUUUUUUUUUUUUUUUUGGGGUGCUCUUUAAUUUUUAAUUAUUAUUAAGAUUGUUCUUCUGAUUUAAUAUUUUGACUGAUUGGAGAUCUGGCGACUUUUUUUUUUUUUUUCCAGAUGUCCCUUUUUCUCGGCCGUGUUCUCUCAGCCGUGACUCGGAGGCUGUUCAGCAUUAACUGUACAAAUGUGUUUUUUUUUUGUUUGUUUUUUUUUUUUUUUUUAAACAUCAACACUAAAAUAUUGCAUUUAAUACAGUCUUGAAACUGAAAACACUCUUGAACUGACUCAUUUCGCUAGUUUGGUUUAGUUUUCACUCGUCUCAUUUGUCCUACAAUUAAUCUGGGAUUUAAUGUAUAAACUAUGCAACUCAA